AAAAGUAUUAUAGGCUAGCAGCCAGAGCAUUUUCUGAGAAGUCAGGUUCAUUUCUUUCAGUUGCAUUUCCGUUUGCGUUGACUAAAGGAAGGGAGGAGAUAAAACUGUCCUAUGGUUGGUGAAUUUAAGAGGAGCUGUACUUGGUCUUCAGCAGUGCUUGGAGGCACACCCAAGAGUGGCAAAAGGAGCCUCACACAGAGAAAGAAGGAUCCCCGCACGUCUGACGGACCCACAGAAAGCCUGAAUAUUGACUUGUGACUCUUUCUGAAUAUGGCUGAGGGAAGCAAAGAACUGAGGAUUGCCCUGGUCGGCAAAACUGGAGCUGGGAAAAGCGCAACAGGAAACACCAUCCUGGGGGAGAAACGGUUUAAGUCGGCCAUCUCUCCUUCCUCAGUGACAGUAAAGUGUCAGAAAGAGGACACUGACAUCGGUGGUAGGAGAAUUGUGGUGGUUGAUACGCCUGGCUUUUUCGACACAAAUGUUCCAGAAGAUGCAGCUUCCAAGGAAAUCAAGACCUGCGUGAAAUACAUCUACCCAGGAGCCCAUGUCAUCAUACAAGUCAUGCAACUGACUCGUUUCAGCAAGGAGGAGAAAGCCGUUGCUCGGUUGAUCCAGAAGAUCUUCAGCUGCAAAGCCAAGGACUACAUGAUCAUCUUGUUCACCCGGAAGGAUGAGCUGGAAGAUAAGCCUUUGACAGAGUUCUUGAAGGAGGGAGACCAGGAUCUGCUGAACCAGAUCGCUCAGUGUGGCGGGAGAUGCCUGGCUUUCAACAACGGGGCGAAAGGGCAAGAAAGAGAAGAUCAGGUGGCCGAAUUGCUUGGGAUAAUCGACGACCUGGUUGAAAGGAACAAGGCAGCCCCCUGGUACACUGAAGACAUGCUAGAGGUGGACAAAGAAUUGGUUGAGAAGAUAAAGAGGCAAAUACGUGAAGAGAUGAAAUGGGAAGAAGCUGCUAAUACACGAUGUAACAUACUCUAAUAGAGUAUGCCCUGGCAUAUGGGGUGCUUUAACCCUCCCCCCCACCUCCAUCUGUUGUCCUCUGCAAAUCUGUCUUCUCAGAGCAGUUAUUAGUCUCAAAGGAAAAAAACAACACGUGAGCACCAUUGUCAGGAGUUUGUGCAGGAGCCGGGCCCUGGGACCACCAGGGCUUUGCAGGACUGGGAUCCUCUUCAGCUUGUUCCGGAGAGGCAGGGCGCGGCCGCACAGGUGAGGCCACUUGGUACUCGCUGCACCUGGUGGCAAGAGCCGGCAGGGGAUAUAAGGCCAGCAUUUCCCCUCAGCUCUUUGCCACAGCAACGCACUCUCAGCCUCGCCGUGUGCCUCCUUACCUUUUGACCGUGACUUUGUGCCUUGACCCUCGGACUGUGACUUCUUCCCUUGUGCUUCUUGACCCUUGGACCUCUGCUCUCCGGACGUUCGUGCCUACCGUCUUGUCCCCGGUCCCGAUGCUCCUUGCUGGGACUUCGCUCGUAAGCAGCCCGGACCGUGACCACCAUUCCCCUGAUAUCUUUCAAACAUGUGGUUUGAAAGCAAAAUCCACCAAUGUAAUCUUGGACCCAAAGGGGGGGCUGCCUCCUCCGACCUCUGGCCUUCUGGAGGAGGGAGGGACCUUUCUGUCAACACCCCAAACAAACCCCCCAGCCUAAGGGGCAGCUUUACUGAGAGAGGCAAGGGCAGGCAUUGUACGCUUGUUGAGGAAACAUAUUUCUUCAUCUCAAAUCGCUUUACAUCUGUUGUGUAUUGAGUCUUGUUUGCUUUAAUAAAGAAGUGUUACUAGAGAACUGUCUCCAGCAUAUUAUGUCAAGAGAGCUGAAAUCACCAACCCCACUUCACAACAACAUCAUUUGGUGUUUACCCUCAGAAUAAUCUUCUUAGAGAUACCACUUCCCCGUGAUUCCCAUUUUACAAAAUGGAGACUGAGGCAGGAGAGUUACUUGUCCCAGUCGUCUCCCCGAUUGAGUUUGUUUUAAUCAAUAAAGGACUGUCUGGAUUAGUUGGGGCUCCUGAAAUGAGGAGCUUGCUUGAGAGAAGGAUACCUCACUGCUGUGCCUGAUGUUGAGAAUCCCCCAUAUUACCCAGAAGACCUGCUUUUAUUGAGAGGAGUGGACUGCGUGACUCUGGGUUCCCAUCUAAGUCUAUUACUUCCCCAUGUUCAGUUGUGCAAAUUUAUAAGAAAAUGACAUUAUUGUCUUGUUUGCUGUGGGUUUGUAAUUUUUCUUGUUCUCCAUUGCUUUGACAUGUCCUAUUAUUAUUAUUAUUAUUAUUAUUAUUAUUAUUAUUAUUAUUAUUUUGCAAAUAAAUACUUGCAAAUAAAUAAUCUCUAACUCUGUAAAUAAACGAUCAGUGACACUGUGUGUGUGUGUGUGCAAACCAGAUGUGGGAAAUCUUUGGCUCUCCAGAUGUUGCUGAAUACCAUCACCCCUGGCCACUGCCCAUGACUGCCUGGGCUGAUGGAAGUUGUGGUCCCACAACUUCUGGGGGCCCAAUGCUCCCCACCCCUGAGUAUAUUAUUUCUCUGCCUCCCUGUGAAAUGUAGACCCCCUUUCCACCAGCAGCUCUUUUCUCCAGCCCUAUCGGUUAGGCAAGUUCUGGUGUCCAGUUCUGGCCACCUCACCUCAAAGAGGAUCUUGUGGAGUUGGAGAAGGUUCAGAAAAGGGCAGGCCAAAUGAUCAAGGAGGAUGGACAACUCUGCAGGGAAACUAUUGGAGUAAACAGCGAAAGUGAAAGCUAUGUGCUGAGGACCAUUUCUGAGAAUUUGCCCCUUUAGAAAGAACACCCUGCCUAGUGUGGGAAACCCCAAUAGGCAGGAAGAGCAAUCUGUUUUUCAUAUCAGUCGUUUCUAUUUUCUGCUCAACUUUGCAAGCAAAACAACACAGCGGUUUUGCUCCACUUUGCACAACAGCACAGCAGAGAUCUCGCAGUUUCAUUUCACAAGUUAUGUUUUGUUUAUGCUGCACGCAAACCUUAUUUCACAUGCAUAUAUCUGAAGUGUAUACAGGAAUUUAUGUUGUUACGGAAAUUACGGGGGGGCAUAUUUAAAGUUAUUAAAUGUUACGAAUAUUAUGCCUGAAUGUAUCCUUUCGACUUGACAGCUCAGGGAAGAUACCUAGCUUUAUAAAUCAUAAAAAAUCAACCCCUUUGCCAAUUUCCUCCAUUCCAAUGCCAUUUUGCUCUUGGAAAAAUGACUCUUUUCCCUACCGUACCACCUUCUACCAUAAUCUCUCAGACACAUACACUCCUCCCUUCCCAGGAAAUGCCCAGAGGUGACAAUUGCUGAGCUUAUUUUUAGCCAAGGAAAGCUAAAUCCCAUCACUGGACUUGCCCCAGGAUCUAGAUAUGCAAGGGAAGUUCUAUUGUACUUUGGGUGGUGGGCAAAUAAGCGGUGUUAGCCUAUGUUGGGAAAGAUGGAGGGCACAAGGAGAAGGGGACGGUGUGGCGGAAUAGUGCCUGAUGAUUAUUCCAGUUCACCAUGAGUUAAUCUAUCACUCCCAUUAUAGGCAGGCGUUCCCUGGGAGGCGGAGCUAGAGGGCAUUCUAAACGGCAAUUGGGAAUUGGCAGUUGGCAGUUGGCAGUUGGCAGUUGAGAGCAGAGUGUUAGAGAGGAAUGCAGGAGCUGUAUUAACAAGUCUGUGUUAUGUGAAAAGAAGAUGAUGAACUAAGAGUUUAAACCAGUGUUUCUCAACCUUUUGGGGGCCAAGGCACACUUGUUCCAUGAAAAAAAUCUCGAGGCACACCACCAUUAAAAAAGUUAAAAAAUUUAACUCUGUGCCGCCCUAUAUUGACUAUAUAAUUAUGACUGUAAGAAACACUUGCCAAAAAGAUAGUAAUUUGUCUCUCACUUAAAAUUGUAUUUUUAAAGUUUGGUUGUUAAUUUAAAAGAAAUAGUGAAGCUUUUGUUUCAUUAGUUUGAUGAAUAAAAAUGAUGUCCUUUUAUGAUUAUGUACUCAAUAAAUGGGGUUUUUUUGGGGGGGGGAAUUCCCUGGAUGCGCACUUUAAUGAAAUGUGUGGCGUACACCUAUGCAAAAUUGUUUUGCUGGGAUUCUCGACAGGAAGUGCUGUGUCAUUAAUCGAAAUGAUUUAGCCUGCCUAAAAUGAAAAUACGUGUUAAUAUCAUGACAGACUUAUGCUGAAGAGUUUACUUUUCAUCAAUAAAAGUUUAAACACACCUACACGGAGUUCAGAGCCCCGCCGAGGGAGGAGGAGGAGGAGCGGACCCAGCGACACACCCGCCCCGCGGCCGCCUGCUUGGAGCCCAGCCGGGUGCGUGGCGGCAGCCAUGGCGGGAGAAGGGCCGCCGGCGGGAGCCGAGCACCUGCCUUGACGGCCCCUGGGCGCCCCGUGAGCUGCGCUGGGCUGCCAACGUCGGGAGAAGGAGACCUGGCUGGCAGAGUCGGGAGACCAUGAGAGCGUCAGCCCC